UAAGGUUACCUAUCUGUUCGUUGACUUUUGGCAAAAAUGAGGCUGCUGCUGGUUUUGAGCCUGGCCAUAAUGGUUGCCCACGUGGCCAUUGCUGCUGACACUGAUGACACCUCCGACUAUUAUGAUUAUUAUUCCGAUGAAGAUAGUGAUAGUUCUACGGAAACCGAUUCAUCAACCGAUGCCACUACGGAUUCUGGUAAUGAUACGGAUGCUUCCGAUAGCUCAGCUAGUUCUGAAGAUAGUUCUGAGGAUACAGCCUCCGAGGACACUUCCUCCGCCACCGAUGAUACUACAAACUCACCUUCAACCAAGACAAAUAAAGCCAAGAAAACGGCAGCUCGCAGAAGGCGCAGGCGCACCACUGUGUCCCCAAAACGUCGCACGACCGCUGCCCCGAAACGUAAGGUAGUGGCUGCCACGCCUGCCAAGAAACAAACACCUGUGGCCAAAAAGAAGCAGACACCUGUGGCCGCCAAGAAGAAGACCAAUGCUGCUGCCAGCAAACGCAAGCGUUCGGGUUAA